CUUUCUUUUUUUUUUAAACUGUUAAACUAAUCAAUUUACUCUAGAUGUAGACCCUAGUUUUGAGUUAAAAAAGUAGAAAUCUAGAUCUAUAUUCUAAAUCUAAUAUUCGGGCCUCAGAAAUUCAAGUGAAACGAUGUGGAAAGAAUUAUUCUAGAUCUAGAAUAUUUAUAUUAAAAUUAUAUUUAUAAAUCUAAGUAAAACAAUCAAGAUUAAACAUCAAGAAAAAAACACUGCAGGAAUGGCUGGAGCAGAACAUGAUUUUGUAGUUUACAGGCGAGGAGAGGAUUCUGAAUCAGGUGCUUGGGAUGAUACUGUACUGAUUAAAGCUUAUGACAAUGCUGUCUCCGCAAUGAAAGCUAAAUUGGCUGAGCAGCAUCCAGAGUUCUCAUCAUCUCAGAUUAAUGUCAAGUCCCAGAAAAAGAAAAAUAGCAAAUCCAAAUCUAAGAAAAAACAGAAACAACAUCAAGCUAGUUGGAAAGUUGGGGACGUAUGCCAGGCCAUUUAUUCAGCAGAUGGUGAACUCUAUGAGGCUAAAAUCUUAUCAAUCGACAAUGAAAACAAAACAUGCGUUCUUCAAUAUGUUGAUUAUGGCAAUGAGGAAGAACAAAGUUUGUCAGAUCUUUUACCUGUUGCAAUCGCAGCGUCAUCUCAAGAACAGCAAACAGAUACUGCAAGUGAGACAGAAAGUCUGAGGAGGCUUCCUAAUAUGCAGGAAUCUCAUACAGGAAAACAAAAGAAGAAGAGGUCAGCAUUAAAUCAUCAUCACCAUCCACCACAUGCACCAAAAUGGCCUUGGGGUGCAGGUUUCUCACAGAUGCCACCACCAGGAGCAGUUCCGCCAUAUAUUCCACAUUCUUUUCCACCAUUUCAACCACCUCACUCAUUUCCUGGGUUCCAUGGACCAGGCUCAACAGCAUCUGUUCCCCCUUACCAACCAACUCCUUUUCCUGGUUUUCCAACACCUGGGCCAACUUCAUCAGCUCCACCGAUAUUUCCUUGUGUUCCACCUCCACCCCCUCUCUUCACUGAGCGAGGUUCUGGAGAUGAAAAUGAAGCAUUAUACAGUAUGUUGAUAUCCUGGUACAUGAGUGGCUAUCACACUGGAUACUUUCAGGGUCUGAGACAGUCUCCUCAAAAUAGUCCAGGGCACAGAACUCACAGAUGAUCUUUUAUGCUUACCAACAAUUGAUUUUUUUUGUUUAUUAGUACCAUUCUAAUAUUUUUAAACAAAAUUGUUUAUGUUUGUUAAUUAUCGGGCAUUUCCUUUUAAUUUUGUUUAUCAUGAAUUUGUGUUCAAUUUGCUUACAAUAAACCAAUGAAUGUUUUCUACAGAAA